AUGGCUGGAAACGGAUACCCGCCUGGCCCGCCCAACGGCAACGGCGAGGACUACGGCGAGGAGUGGGCUCGGGAUUUGAGGGUAAAGUUCGAGUCUCUCCUCCGCGACAAGCGAAUGAACGACUUCCGCUCUUCUCGUCAAGGCACUCCCCAGCCUAGAGAAUCUGCGAGCAGCGCCAACCUCCGAGGUCUCGCUUCUCCCGGCAGACCCUCAACUUCCCACAGCAACACUGGAUCCAUGACACCAACACCACCUGCUUACUCUUCCAUCCGCCAUCUCCCUAUCGUCCCUACUCCUCCCGCCGCUGGCGACCGCGACUCCCAAAAAUUCCGCAACCUCCUCAUCAGCCUGUCUCUGACCCCUACCAAGUACGAGAACCCCGGUUUGUUGGAUGAGGCCCUGCAGUGCAUACCGCUCGAUCGGAUUUACGGUGAAGCCGAGGAGGAGUGCCAAGUAAUGCAGGCCGAGGCCAUGAGUAUGGGUGAUGGACGUAAGGCUACCUGGGGUUACCAAGACUGCGUUAUCCGGGCACUGCUGAGAUGGUUCAAGCGAUCAUUCUUCACAUGGGUCAACAACCCCCCUUGCCCCGUCUGCAUGUCGCCUACUAUCGCCCAAGGCAUGACUGCGCCGACCCCCGAUGAGAGUGCCUGCGGCGCACUCCGAGUCGAACUCUACCGCUGCUCUGCUGGCGAAUGCGGUGCUUACGAACGCUUCCCGAGGUACGGUGAUGUGUGGAGGUUACUGCAGACCCGCCGCGGCCGUGUCGGCGAGUGGGCCAACUGCUUUAGCAUGCUCUGCCGUGCCGUCGGAGGCAGAGUCCGCUGGGUAUGGAACGCCGAGGAUCACGUCUGGACCGAGGUCUACUCGGAGCACCAGAAGCGAUGGGUUCACGUCGACGCCUGCGAGGAAGCCUGGGACAACCCGAGACUCUACACCGACGGAUGGGGCAAGAAGAUGUCCUACUGCAUCGCCUUUUCAAUCGACGGUGCCACCGAUGUUACCAGACGCUACGUCCGCAAGACCGAACACGCCUCUGAGAGGAACAGGUGCCCCGAGGAGGUCCUUCUUUACAUCCUGCAAGAGAUCAGGAAUAUCCGCCGCCAGAACAUGGGCAAGGAUGAGCGAUUCAGACUCGAGAAGGAGGACAGCAGGGAAGAUCGCGAGCUCCGUGGAUACGUCAUCAAGUCCAUCGCCCAGGCCGUUACCGACCUCGUUCCUGGCAUGCCCAGCCCUUCAACCAAUGUCCCUGUCGCGCAGCCUCAGCAGAGGCGCGAGGACACCAAGCUUCCCGCUGAGCAACCUGGUCGCCAGACGACUGGAUCCGCCGAGUACCUCGCGGCCCAAGCCCGCGCGAGGAAUAACCAGUUCCCCCCGCACAACCCGAACCAACACCACUGA